AUGCUGCCGCAGCGCACCCCGACUGAUGCGGUGCAGCGCGCGUAUACAAUGUCGCCGCAGGAGCGCAUUCUGAUUGCGCAGAUUGCGGCACGGGCACGGCUGCAGCGGACGUGGCGCCACCUUGGUAUCCUCUCGGUGCUGCUCUCCGCACUUAUUGGAUACCGGUGGUACACGGCGCAGGCGCGGCUUGACGCUGACGUGUCGAACUACAAGGCGGUUGUCGUGGACGUGCCCGGCCACACCGCUGUCUACGUGGACGACAACGGCAAGUUCAUUGGCGUGCGUAACUUCAUCGACUUUGCCACCUUCGAGAAGACCUGCGACCCGGAAAAGGAUGUGUUGAUACAGUUUAGCACUUACUACCCAUGGAUCCCGAUGCUGCUGCUAUGUCUACUGCCGGUGCUGGCUGUUGUGAACGCGGGCUUCAACGGGUCAGCACGCAUGAUCACGAUGGCGGCGCAGGCGGAGAAGAGUCGUUUUAUGUUCAAGCGAGAGAUGUCGGUAAGUACGCGGCUGAAGGACGUCGCGGGGCUGACGGAGGCAAAACACGAGGUGGUGGAGGUGAUUGACUUUCUCAAGCACCCGGGACGUUACCAGACGCUUGGUGCGAAGCUGCCGAAGGGCGUGCUGCUCGACGGCCCGCCUGGUGUCGGCAAGACGCUGCUGGCCAAGGCGGUGGCUGGCGAGGCCAUGGUGCCGUUUGUCAGCUGCUCGGGCAGCGAGUUUGAGGAGGUGUACGUGGGCGUCGGCGCACAGCGCGUGCGUGAGCUCUUUCGCGAGGCGCAUAACUGCAAGCCAUGUGUCGUUUUCAUUGAUGAGAUCGACGCUUUCGGCCGCAAGCGCCGAUCAGACGGCAACGGCAGCUCGCGGGGCACCUUGAACGCCUUCCUCGCGGCGCUCGACGGGUUCAAGGAUGCGUCUGGUAUCAUGGUGCUGGCGGCCACGAACCGUGUCGACAUCCUAGACAAUGCGCUGACGCGCUCCGGCCGCUUCGAUCGCAAGAUCUCGCUUGAGAAGCCGUCCUACAAGGAUCGUGUGGCGAUCGCCCUGGUGCAUCUGCAGCCGCUCCACCUUGACCCGUCAUCCUCGCUGCAGAACUACGCCGAGAUGGUAGCGGCGCUGACGCCUGGCUGCAGCGGGGCAGACAUCUUCAACGUGUGCAACGAGGCGGCUAUCCAGGCGGCGCGGGAGGACAAGGAGUAUGUCGGGGCGACGCACUUUCAUCUGGCUGUCGAGCGGGUGCUCGUGGGUCUUGAAAAGAGCGCUGUCAAGUACACGCCCCACGAGAAAGAGCGACUGGCGUACCACGAGGCGGGGAUUGUGGUGCUGAACUGGUUCCAGAGCGACACGGAUCCGGUCAUCAAGUCCACCAUCCUGCCGCGCGGCCGCCACCGCACGGGCGUGACACAGAAGCUGCCGCAGAACAUCUACAUCUCGACGCAGGAGCGACUGCUGCAACGCAUUGUGGGCCGGCUGGGCGGCUACGUGUCAGAGGAGCACUUCUUCAGCGAUGUGUCGACGAGUGCGGCCGAAGAUUUGCAGAUGGCGACGAGCAUGGCACGUGACAUGGUGUGCGUGUACGGCAUGGACCCGGUGCACAUUGGGCACAUGGGGUUCGAGCUGGACCGCGACGACACGCUGCAGAAACCGUUUGGCCCCGAGAAAGAGAACGCGGUUGACAUUGCCGUGGAGACGAUUGUGCAGUCGUGCCUAAAGCGGGCGCGAGCUCUGAUGCUGGAGCACCUGAAUCACACCCGCAUCAUUGCUGGGCUGCUGCUGAAGCAGGAGACGCUGAAUGCACAUGAAAUGUGGUUCGCACUGGGCGACCGCCCUGCCAUGACGAAGGAGUUCCGGACCUACCUGGAAAGCUAA